CUAUUUCAGAGGCGUAGAGGCUCCGGUGUUUUUUGUGCCAAUUGCCUGACCACAAAGACCUCUCUCUGGCGAAAGAAUGCAAAUGGUGGAUAUGUAUGCAACGCGUGUGGCCUCUACCAGAAGCUUCACUCGACUCCCAGGCCUUUAAACAUCAUUAAACAAAACAAUGGUGAGCAGAUUAUUAGGAGAAGAACAAGAAAGCGCCUUAACCCAGAGGCCCUUCAGGCUGAGCAGCUCAGCAAACAGCAGAGGGGCAGCAGUGAGGAGCAAGUCAACGGAAGCCCCUUAGAGAGGAGGUCAGAGGAUCACUUGACCGAAAGUCACCAGAGAGAAAUGCCACUCCCGAGCCUAAGUAAAUAUGAAGCCCAGGGUUCAUUGACUAAAAGCCAUUCUGCUCAGCAGCCCGUCCUGAUCAGCCAAACUCUGGAUAUUCACAAAAGGAUGCAACCUUUGCACAUUCAGAUAAAAAGUCCUCAGGAAAGUACUGGAGAUCCAGGAAACAGUUCAUCUGUGUCUGAAGGGAAAGGAAGUUCUGAGAGAGGCAGUCCCAUAGAAAAGUACAUGAGACCCACGAAGCACCCAAAUUACUCACCACCAGGCAGCCCUAUUGAAAAGUAUCAGUACCCACUUUUCGGACUUCCCUUUGUACAUAAUGACUUCCAGAGUGAAGCUGAUUGGCUGCGGUUCUGGAGUAAAUAUAAGCUCUCCGUUCCUGGGAAUCCGCACUACUUGAGUCACGUGCCUGGCCUACCAAAUCCUUGCCAAAACUAUGUGCCUUAUCCCACCUUCAAUCUGCCUCCUCAUUUUUCAGCUGUCGGAUCAGACAAUGACAUUCCUCUAGAUUUGGCGAUUAAGCAUUCCAGACCUGGGCCAACUGCAAAUGGUGCCUCCAAGGAGAAAACGAAGGCACCACCAAAUGUAAAAAAUGAAGGUCCCUUGAAUGUAGUAAAAACAGAGAAAGUUGAUAGAAGUACUCAAGACGAACUUUCCACGAAAUGUGUGCACUGUGGCAUUGUCUUUCUGGAUGAAGUGAUGUAUGCUUUGCAUAUGAGUUGCCAUGGUGACAGUGGACCUUUCCAGUGCAACAUAUGUCAGCAUCUUUGCACGGACAAAUAUGACUUCACAACACACAUCCAGCGGGGCCUGCACAGGAACAAUGCACAAGCAGAAAAAAAUGGAAAACCUAAAGAGUAAAACCUUAGCACUUAGCACAAUUAAAUAGAAAUAGGUUUUCUUGAUGGGAAUUCAAUAGCUUGUAAUGUCUUAUGAAGACCUAUUAAAAAAAAUACUUCAUAGAGCCUGCCUUAUCCAACAUGAAAUUCCCUUCUUUUAGGAUUCUUUCUUUUGAUGAGUAGGUGACUGAGAUUAAAAAGUGAGACAAGUGGUCAGUGAGAAAGAAUGGAAGAUGGCAAACAAUCCUUUUUUAAAGCCUAGUAAAUCACAACCAUCUUGGCCUAUAUAUUCUGGGGAAUCAAUCCUGAAGAGAUAUCACCAGACUAUAAUUAGUAGGUUUGUAAAGAACGAGUUAAAAACUAUCUGGAAUUUGGAAGAGAUUACGUAUUAUGAUUGGGUUGGCCAUUGUCCUGUGUAUUCAAAAACCCAUAAAUUGUUGCCUAAAUUUUUAAGUCUCAUGAGAUCCUAGGCAGAGGAGGAGAAAUGAAAGUUCAAGGGCCGUGAAAGGAAAAUGGCGCCCUCUCCUCAGUCUCCUCUCAUUGACCAUGUUUCAGAUUUUGACCUAGAAAUGCGAGCUGUGGUUAGACUUGGUUAGAGAGCAGCAAGAAAGGUGAUAGAUGGUGGCACACUGUUGGGCCUGCCCUGCCUGUACAUACACAUACACACCCUCUCUAGUAUUUUUGUCCUUUAGAUGUUCAAAUACUCAGUAAACCUUUUGUUUGCAAGUUUAGUUUCAUUCUGUCCAAAUAUAUAUUCGUUUUAAAAAACAAUGUCCUCGAUGCUUACAUAGUAAUUUUAUUUUAGCCAGGUAUCUCUUUCUUGUACAUGAUGAACCCAUUUGGAUUUGUUUUUGUUUUUUGGGUUUUUGGGGUUUUUUUUAAGCCUCCUGUUGGUCACUAAUCUCACUUGGUACCUUAUAACUAAAGGAAUCCCCUCAGUUCAAAAGUAUAGAUGGAUACAAGUUCAGACCAUGGGUGUAAUUUGUUUAGAACACAUGGUAUUUCUUCACAAGGUAACCUGCUGUAUUUAUUUAUUUCUUUUUGGUUAAAUAUAAUUUCCAAACUUUGUGGUCAGGCAAUGUCUACAGUUAUGUUACCACAGACUGACAGUUGGUAUAUAUACCAGUCAAUCCCUUCAUUAGAUGUACACAGGUUUAGUUAAGUAGCAUUAAAUAGGAAUCUUAGAAGUAUGUCUUCAUAGUACUUUUAAUACUUAAGGCUUUGUAAAAAUAAAAAUAAAAUUAAAAAAACUGUCCAUGAAGGGAAGCUCCUCAGCAUAACUGCUCAGGGAAAUAGGGCUAAAUAACUGAACAUUAAAUAAUUGGUUAAAGGUGCUGUUAGUCGAGCCUCAAUGCUUGCUAUAAGGAUGUAUGUACAAGGACUGACUUUAAUAAUUUGCAUUAUAUUGUCCCAACCAGUAGUUUAUUUUUUGCCACGGAGAUGUAGAAGAUAUUACAAGCUACUGGAUGCACUGUCAGAUUAACUUAUUUCAUUAAAGAAGUUGGGAGAACAAAUAGGAAAAAAAACUUAUUUUUCUAGUAAAUAUUAAUGUAUUACAUUUCAAAUAAUGGUGCCUGACAUAUUGAAUAAUUAUUUUCUACAGUGUACGUAUGCAACAAAGAUAUUCCAUCAUGCAUUAGAGUCAGUUCUGGCUCUGCCUAGCUGUUUACAUUUGCAAAUGUAGCAAACAAGGUAAUGAAGCAACUAUUUCUAUUGCAGUAGAUA